AUGGAAAAAAAAAUUAUGUCUCUACUUUUUAUUAAUAUUGCUAUGUUUAUCCUUCUAACUUGGAUAAGUCAUUUUUACAAUGACAGUACUCAAAACAAAUUUUUUUAUCAGCACUACGACCUUGAUAGAAAAUUUCAUAAAAGAUCAUAUCGAUUACUAUCAAAUGAUAAACAGGAUGUGGCUUCAUAUAUAAAUGAAGAGAUACCAAAUAAUGUAGAGUACCCAAACAUAUAUAUACAUAAUAAUGAAUCAGCAGACAAGGGAAAAAACAAACAACUUAAUGAUGUUUCACUGAAUAUUUUGGAAGGUUAUAAACUUGCUAAAAAAGAUAAUUUCCCUGUAUAUAGAAGAAUAAAUUCACGUUUUCCAAAAAAAAUAUUAGGUGGCGACAUAUGUUAUAAAAAUAAUCUUAUGAAAGAUAUAUAUAUUGAUGUUAAGUCUUUAAGAAAAAGGGUGAAUAAAAAAAGAGGUAUGCUUUCUAGUUUAUUUGAUAAAUGUCCAUUAGUUAAAAUGAUGGUGUGUUUAUCAUUAUUGAUGUUUAUUUUUGUACUUAUUAAUUGUAUAAUGUUAAACAGUUUCAUUAUUUUUAAAGUAGUUGGAGUAAUUGCAUUAUCUCUAUUAAUACUUGAAUACGCACUUUUUAAGGUCUUCAAUAAAAUGAAAGAAAACGAAAAUUUAAUAAAUACGCAUUACGAAAUUGAUAAUAAGAAACAUUUUACUUUCAAUAAAGAAGACUUUUAUAACAAUUAUGAUUUUUUAUUUCUUUAA